AUGACUGAAAGCAGAGCUGUAGUCAAUGAAGAGCAUCCUGUUGUAGGUGUCUCUGUUUUCCAGAACGGAGAGGGCUAUGUAAAGGGCUGCAGAGAUGGUGUCCGAGCUGGCAGCAGUAAUUCCAGGUCUCGCUAUCAGCCUGCCCAUCACCUGCUGCCAAAGAGCGAGCUGCCCUCACCGUUGCAACUCAAUCCUGCACCAUUCACACCCCGGCAGCCUGCUAAAGACUCGAGUGUCUCUGGUGCAUCCAUCAGAACUGCUGGAGUGACGAGAUCCAACUGCAGAAAUCGGCCCAUAGACCUGGUCUUUAUCAUAGACAGCUCCCGCAGUGUACGUCCAGCUGAGUUUGAGAAGGCCAAGGACUUCUUGCAAGACAUGGUGGACAGCUUGGAGAUCGGGUCUGAUGCCACCAGAGUUGGCCUCGUCAAUUAUGCCAGCACAGUGCAGAUCGAGUUCCUGCUGAAGACAUAUUUUGACAAGUUUUCGCUGAAGCAGGCACUGGCCCGAGUUGAGCCCCUCGCCUCAGGCACCAUGACAGGCAUGGCCAUAAAGACUGCUAUGGAAAAAGCAUUCACUGUGGAGGCGGGAGCCCGGGCUAGUUCCUUGAACAUUGCCAAAGUGGCCUUCAUAGUGACGGACGGGAGGCCCCAGGACAAGGUGGACGAAGUGUCAGCUGCAGCUCGUGCAUCUGGGAUUGAGAUCUACGCAGUUGGAGUGGACAGAGCUGAUAUGAUGUCCCUGCGCCUCAUGGCCAGCCCCCCACAUGAUGACCAUGUCUUCUAUGUGGAGACCUAUGGCGUCAUAGAGAAGCUAACUUCCAAAUUUAGGGAAACCUUGUGUGGUAAGGAUGAUGAUAACGGAAGUGCAGACAUUCCAUUAAAUGGUGGAAUUGAUGAUUAUGGCAGCAAAGACCUUAAUGGGAUAAAUAAUGAAAGUGACGAUAAAGGAAACAACGGUUUGGAUGCAUGUGCUCAGGGACACAAUUGCCAGCACAUUUGUGUCAACAAUGGCAACUCAUACAACUGCAAGUGUCGCUUGGGCUACGUCUUGAACCCGGACAAGAAAACAUGCUCACGUUUUGAUCAAUGUGCCCAUGGACAUGACUGUCAGCACAUUUGUGAAAGCAAUGAGGACUCUUUUAUCUGCAAGUGUCGAGUGGGUUAUGUGUUGAAUGCAGACCAGAAAACAUGCUCACGAUCAGCUCAAUGUGCCCAGGGACAUGAUUGCCAACAUAUCUGUGUCACCAAUGACAACUCAUACAUCUGCAAGUGUCAAGAAGGACAUGUGUUGAAUGCAGACCAGAAAACAUGCUCACGUUCUGAUCCAUGUGUCCGUGGAAAUGAUUGCCAGCACAUUUGCAUAAACAAUGAUGACUCAUACAUCUGUGAGUGUCGAGAGGGAUAUGUGUUAAAUCCAGAUCAGAAAACAUGCUCACGUUUAGAUCCAUGUGCCCAGGGACAUGACUGCCAACAUAUUUGUGUCAGUACUGAUGACUCUUACAUCUGCAAGUGUGAAAUGGGAUAUGUGUUGAAUCCAGAUAAGAAAACAUGCUCACGUUCUGAUCCAUGUACCAAUGGACAUAAUUGCCAGCACAUUUGUAUAAACAAUGAUGGCAUAUACACCUGCAAGUGUUGGGAGGGAUAUGUGUUGAAUCCAGAUGAGAAAACAUGCUCACCUUCAGAUACGUGCGCCCAGGGAAAUGAGUGCCAACAUGUUUGUGUCAGUACUGAUGACUCGUACAUCUGCACGUGUCGAAUGGGAUAUGUUUUGAAUCCAGAUAAGAAAACAUGCUCACGUUCAGAUACAUGUGCUCAGGGACAUGACUGCCAACAUAUUUGUGUGAGAACUGAUGACUCGUACAUCUGCAAGUGUCGAACUGGAUAUGUGUUGAAUCCAGAUAAGAAAACAUGCUCACGUUCAGAUCCAUGUGCCUAUGGGAAUGACUGCCAGCACAUUUGUAUAAGCAAUGAUGAGUAUUACAUCUGCAAGUGUCAAGUGGGAUAUGUUUUGAAUCCAGAUAAGAAAACAUGCUCACGUUCUCAUACAUGUGACCAGGAACAUGACUGCCAACAUAUUUGUGUCAGUUCUGAUGACUCGUAUACCUGCAAGUGUCGAAUGGGAUAUGUGUUGAAUGCAGACCAGAAAACUUGUUCACGUUCUGAUCCAUGUGCCCAUGGAAAUGACUGCCAGCACAUUUGUAUAGACAAUGAUGACACUUACAUCUGUGAUUGUCGAGAGGGAUAUGUGUUGAAUCCAGAUCAGAAAACAUGCUCACGUUCAAAUACGUGCACCCAGGGACAUGACUGCCAACAUGUUUGUGUCAGCACUGAUGACUCGUACAUCUGCAAAUGUCGAAUGGGAUAUGUGUUGAAUGCAGAUAACAAAACAUGCUCACUUUCAGAUACGUGUACCCGGGGACAUGACUGCCAACAUAUAUGUGUCAGUACUGAUGACUGGUACAUCUGCAGAUGUCAAAUGGGAUAUGUGUUGAAUCCAGAUAAGAAAACAUGCUCACUUUCUGACCUAUGUGCCCGUGGAAAUGAUUGCCAGCACAUUUGUAUAAACAAUGAUGACUCUUACACCUGCAAGUGUCGAGUGGGAUAUGUGUUGAAUCCAGAUAAGAAAACAUGCUCACGUUCAGAUAUAUGUGCCAAGGGACAUGACUGCCAACAAAUUUGUGUCAGCACUGAUGACUCGUACAUCUGCAAGUGUCAAAUGGGAUAUGUGUUGAAUCCAGACAAGAAAACAUGCUCAAGUUCAGAUGCAUGUGCCUAUGGACAUGACUGCCAGCACAUUUGUGUCAACAAUGAUGAUUCGUAUAUCUGCAAGUGUCGAUUGGGAUAUGUAUUGAAUGCAGACCAGAAAACAUGCUCACUUCCAGGCUUGGAUGCAUGUGCCCAGGGACAUGAUUGCCAGCACAUUUGUGCCAACAAGGGGAACUCAUUCAUUUGCAAGUGUCGAGUGGGAUAUAUCCUUAACAUGGAUAGG